CUGGCCAGGCCCCGCGCUAUGGAGUUUCUCUGGGCCCCUCUCUUGGGUCUGUGCUGCAGUCUGGCCGCUGCGGAUCGCCACACCGUCUUCUGGAACAGUUCAAACCCCAAGUUCCGGAGUGAGGACUACACGGUCCACGUCCAGCUGAAUGACUACCUGGACAUCAUCUGUCCUCAUUAUGAGGGCGACUCUGUGGCGGAUGCGGCCAUGGAGCAGUACACCUUGUACCUGGUGGAGCAGGAGGAGUACCAGCUGUGCCAACCCCAGUCCAAGGACCGGGUACGCUGGAAGUGCAACCGGCCCAAUGCCAGGCUUGGCCCCGAGAAGCUGUCUGAGAAAUUCCAGCCCUUCACACCCUUCACCCUGGGCAAGGACUUCAGGGAGGGCCACAGCUACUACUACAUCUCCAAGCCCCUUCGCCACCACGAAGACCACUGCUUGCGCUUAAAGGUGACCAUCAACGGCAAAACCACUCACAGUCCUCAGGCCCACACCAACCCACAGGAAAAGAGAUUCCUAGCAGAUGACCCACAGGUGCAAGUUCUGCAUAGCAUCGGCGACAGUGCGGCCCCCCGCCUCUCUCCAUUUGCCUGGGCAGUGCUGUUCCUGCCACCGCUGCUGCUGCAAGCCCCAUGAAAGGCGAACGCCACACCUGGCUUAAGGAUUGGCACUGGAUUGAGGGGGCAGGGGCAGGUACCUCUCACCUGUCUUGUGACAGCUCCUACACCCCUAGCCUUGGGAACCAUUCCCACCACAUGCACAAGCUGCUACCCAGCAGCCUCGAAACGGGUCAGUAUUAAGGGUGUCAACCCAAAGGAGUUCGGCCAGCCUGGCUGUGCCCUCGCUGCCUCCACCUCAGAAGGAUGGGAAAGAGAAACGAGGGAGAGCCUUCUGUGACUACGACGUUCCUGCCCUGAAGCCAAAGCAACAAGCUGUGCAGACAGGGCCCCCCGAAAAGGACCCAGAAGCACCUAGCCAACAGGUGCCUGGGGUCAUGGAUGGAUGGAUGCUGAGCUUGGCAGAGGUGCCUCUCCCAGAGAGAGCCAGGAUGCCCAGAUGAACAAAGAACUGAGCAACAGUUUCCUGCUGGGAAGCCAGGGGCUGGAGAAGUGACCUGUCUGGGCUGACCCAGAGUCCCCUGCGAGACUUCCAUCUGGGGCACUACCACUGGGUACAGCAUCCUUUCCCCUCCCCAGGGGCAGCAGGCCCCAGAGCUGUGCCAGCAGGGGGCUGUGCCAACCUGUUGUUAGACUGUCGCUGGAAGGGCAGUGCCCAUGGGUACCAAGUCUGUGCCUAGAGUGUAGCCUGCCGGGCAGGGCCCACAUGCACAGUGUCUAUAUAUAUAUAUAUAUACUUCCUGUAUGUCUGUGCUGAUUUCUACAACUGGAGUUUUUAUACGGUGUCCUUUGUCUCACAAUAAAAGUCAUGUGUAUUUUGUU